AUGGCCACUAUUUAUCUGCUCUCGGUGUGGGAGGAACUUUCGCAACAUGAUAUUGACAAGGGCACGACAUAUAUAAAACCUUGCUUUACCUUCUUCCUGAUGACCUCUCUUCUCUUUACACAGAGACCAUCACUACUUCAAGCACAGGACAAGGUUUGGAUCACAAACAUAACUAUGAGCCGCACAAUCAAGUAUUAUCAGGAAAGGGAUAUGGAGCCCUGGGAGGCCCUUGACUGGGAUACCAUUAAGUCCUUCCUCUGGAGCGGAUACGAUAUUCGCUGGGCAGAGGGGCAAAAACAAGCCGAAGAAUGCAUUAACAACGGAAUCCAUAGCGGGGACGUUCUCGCCAUCUUUGAGUCUUUCCCGCACUUCAUAUGGACCUUGAUGCGAGACAAAAGAAUUACUGUGACCGAUAGCAACCCGUUGCCCUCCCCACCGGAUAAUUGGCAAGUCCACAACAACCUUUACAUGUGUCUUCAAGACUAUAGCGAGCAUUUCAAUGAUGGCUAUUCGCAAAGAAUGGAGUCGUGGGAGCAUGUCCGGAAAUGUCUUGAGGAGAACGGAUUUGACAAGAUGGAUAAUCGGGACGUCAUCUGCAAGGCUGUUUAUAAUGCUCUAACGGAGUUCAUCAGCAAAGCAUGGAAUACUUCCAAUGCUUUGGUCAUCGCGAAGGCGCAUGGUGACAUGCGCUAUACUGUCGAGAAUGGGGGGUUCAGUAAGAGAGGCAGAUCAUACAUUCCUGCUUCAGAAUUCUCGCCGCAGAUGUGGUUAGUGAACUUCGAUCCAAGGGACAGUAUCGAGACCAGAAUCGAUAAAACGCAACGCGGUGUUAGGGCUAUCUUCAAGCUGGCCACAGCGGAAGGCUCCUCUCACACACCACUACAACGGUCCCAGUUUAAUACACCGUAUUACUUGUCUGAGGGGACGACCAUAAAGCUCACGAAGGUGGUUAAGCCUGGCGGCAUGGUAUCUUUUCAGUCAUCACUUUGGGAUUGGCGUACGUCACGUAUGAGCGAAAAUACGAGUCUCAACCUUUUCAACGAUGCAGGAGAUUAUCUCCUCCACAUAUCGCUAAGACAAGGAGAACACCAGAUCGUUCUCAAUAGCCGACAUGCUAACGGCCAAUGGGGCUCUGAGGAGCGAAUUCACUUGCGAGACACUUAUGUAGCAUCGAAUUUCAGUAUCUCUAUUCGUGAUCAUGGAGAUGGAUAUGAACUCCAGUUCAGUCAUCAGCCAGCGACAUACUAUAAAAAAAGGAUUCCUGGGGAUAUCUCUAGUGUCUCUUACAUUGCCGACAGCAGAUACUCUCCAUUGUCAGAGAUACUGCUGGUCUCGGUAUUCGACGCCACAGAACAGUUAGCCCAGACAAACCACCUUGCCAACUGUGAGACUCUAGUGAGAGAAUAUGGAAACCCAAACACGCGUGCUAUCACAACCCAGCCUACAUUUAAACGGGGCGCCAACUUUGUUGCUGUGCCUGGGAAGAAGAAAAAGAACAGUCUCGGCUUUGAGUAUGCCGAGCACGGCUUCUUGGGAGACGCCAUUAUCCUGACUCUUUCUGAUGGUAAGGCGGUGCAGGGGAAAGACUACAAAUUUACUCUCGAAAAUGGGCUAAAUGUUACUUACGGUGAAAUCAAUGGUCUCGCAGGUGACUUCUACGGCACCUAUGACCCAAUUAGUGAUGGCCACAACGAAACAGAACGAGCCGCCCGCUUUGUGGAUGCAUAUAACACUCUGGCCGGCCGUUAUGCGGGUCAACCCCAAGAAGCACAAGCGAUCCUCAAAGUUCUCCAAACCGAGGUUGACGCCGUCAACGCUGCGCUUGCUCACAACGAAGAUCCAUCGAUAGCUUAUAGCAAACUCCCUGAUGAGACCUGGGAAUUCGAGAAAAUUACCCUCCUCCGCCCCAAAACAAUACCUAGCUAUCUCGUACUUGCCAAGAAAAACUUCGACCACUUCGGUGAAGAUGCUCGUAUCGCGUAUAAUGCAGGCCAUUCGAAAGCUCUUGAUGUAGCCAUUUCUGGCGAUCUUGACAAGGCUUACGCUAUGAACGCCUUUGCCGACCACUUCUUGGAAGAUUCCUUCUCAGCAGGCCACCUUCGAACUCCACGUCGGUAUCUACAUUCAGAUAAUGUGGUUAACGUGAGCCUUGAUUCUUGUGCCAAGUUCAUGCAUGACGAAGACAAUGCUAUUGGCCUCUUGGUUUCGAAUCCGGCGGGCGAAACGUGGACGGCUUAUGGCGACAAACGCGCCCUAGACAAGGAAAACAAAGAAAACAAGGAUCGCUGCAUUGCUGCUAUACAAAAUUCCGCUAUUGAGAUAUACAAAGCAUGGGCAACCAAGGUAAAGCCUAGAGACUAUAGAGCAUGGAAUGAUGCGCCGACUCUUACAUCCGCUCGAGGAAAGCAGCAACUAGCACCUCUCUUCAUUGGCGAGCAGCGGCGUGCCGUGAUAAAGGAUCGCAAAACAUGGAAUUUCACUAGUAACUGGAACUCCGCCUAUACAGCCGCGUAUUGCGCCUUAUGCGGCUGGUGGGACUACCCAAUUACAAUCAACGGGCCGUCCAAAGCGCUAAGUGGUAGUGACGUUGCCGCCGUCGCGACAGGCUCGUCGACAUGUAAUGUCUACCACCAGGAUUCCCAAGGGGUAAUACGUGAGUAUACUUAUAACAGUAAAUGGAGUGCGACCAACUCGCCGACUUUCAGCGCAAAGUUAUCCAGCCCCCUAGCUGUCAUCAGCUUCGAUGCUGGCAAGCAGGUCCGCGUCUACUGCGUCUCAGAAGACGGAUAUCUUGAAGAGUGGUGCUACUCGACCGAACAGGGCGAAUGGCUCGCCGGCUAUCUCACCAAUUCGAAGUUCCAUGUGGCUCAUAAUACGAGACUUGCCGCCGCGUGCUGGCACGAUAAUGGGUCGAACAUUAUCCGGGUCUAUGCUCAAGAGCCGCACUCGGAUCAUAUUCAGGAAUACUGCAGCGGGAAUAUCUGGACAAAAGGGGCCAUACUUCCAGUCGCCCACACCGGGUCCGGUCUAGCUGCGGUGUGCUGGAAGCAUAACGGAAUUCAUCUCCGGAUAUACUACCAGGCGACCGAUAUGACCGUAAAAGAACACUGUUGGGAUGGGAGUUGGUAUGAGGGUGAACUCAGCACCGACAAGAUGCCACGCCAUACUUCAAUCGCCGCCGUUGGGUGGUAUAAAUCUCAACCGCAUAUACGUGUUUACUUCCAGGAUGGCAAGAAGAAUAUCGUGACGUACAAGUGGAAUAAUGGAUGGCGCUCCGAUAGUAUAGUUAUUGGACCUCUGGGACCUGGGAGGCAUACUUCAGCCAUCGAAUGGGGCAAUGGGAGCGAUGUGAAGUUGUAUCACCAAGCGGACGACGACAAGAUCUAUGAACACGUCCAAUCUAACGACAAGGCUUGGUAUCAGGGAGAUUUCGUUAGCUCCUAAGCCUCAGGGUAGUGUCGUAUCUAGUUGGAUGGGUGGCUUUGGGGAUUUCCACUCCUUUACAUGAAUUUGUUUAUUAUUGAGACUAAAGCUUUUGCUAGGAACAACUGCAACGCUGUCAACUAGCCCUCUGGGCUAGUUACGCUACCAUAUCUAUACACUCAUUUGGUCGAUAGUUAG